UAGUCCGAGAUCAUUCAUUUUGUAAAGUUUGUGAAAUAUUGUUUAUAUUUAAUUUAUGUUAAUAUUUAGUGAAUGCAAAGUUAUUUGUCGUAUAGCCCUUAGUAAUUUGUAUAUAGUCAAUCGUAAAAUGUCUCAUUGUAUAGAAGAUAAUCGGUUAUUUACCUUCACCCGCGUUUGUGAUGAAAUUGCCACCGAACGUAGUUACAACAACAAGGCGCAAAUUUUAAAGGAUUUCCUGAGGAAAGGAACUAACAACAAAGAAUUCAAGGGUGAUGUAUUGUUAUGGGUGCGUAUGCUGAUACCAUCCGAUUCACAGGCUGUGUACAAUUUGCAAAAUAAGCAAAUGUUGAAGUUGUUCUCACGCCUUUUCAACAGCGAUGUACAGGAAAUGCAUAGAGAUUUGGAGCAGGAGGGUGAUGUAUCGGAGACGUUGCGUAAAUUCUUUGAGGCUUCCAAAAAGUUAAAACCCCAGAAGGAUAGUUCGCUAUAUUUACAAGAUGUUGAUGAGUUCUUGAAGAAACUGGAACAGCGUACCAAGGAGGAUGAUCAAAGUGAGCUGCUGCAACAACUAUGCAAACAAACCACAGCCAAUGAUCUGAAAACGAUCAUUCGUAUCAUCAAACAGGACUUGCGUAUGAAUGCAAAGGCCAGUCAUGUCUUGGCUGCCUUUGGUCCAAUGGCCUAUUCUUCAUAUCAAGCAACGCGUGACUUAGCGGCAGUUGUGAAACAGUUUGCUUUUAAAAAGGGAACUGCCGCCUCAACAACAGCACCCACCCUACCAGCCACCGCUAAGGGAAAAGGAAAGAAGGCUGCUGCUGUGGGCAAUGUUCAAGUUAUGACCCCCAUCUCUCCUAUGUUGGCUAGCCCUUGCAAUGCCGUAGAGGAUGCCUUUAGAAAAUGUCCCAUGGGUUUAUUUAGCGAAAUUAAAUAUGAUGGCGAAAGAGUUCAGAUACAUAAGCAGGGAAAUGAAUUCAAAUUUUUUAGUCGCAACUUAAAGCCAGUAGUAGAGCACAAAAUACGACGUUUCAAAGAGUUUAUACCAAAGGCUUUCCCUGGCUCCGGAGAUAUGAUAUUGGAUUCUGAGAUAAUAAUGGUGGAUACUGUGACCGGAGAACUUUUACCUUUCGGUUCUCUGGGAGCCCACAAGAAGAAAGAAUUUCCAAAUGCUGAAGUGUGCCUGUUCGUUUUCGAUUGCAUUUUAUAUAAGGGAGAGGAUUUAACAAAUAUACCCUGCAAACAAAGACGUGAAAUUUUGGAGGAAAACAUAACGCCCAUUAAAAACUAUGUACAGUUAUCGGAAUCUCAUUUUCUUAAAACCAAGGCAGAAUUAUCUCUGAUGACUGCCAAAGUAUUAAAGGCCCACUUGGAGGGAGUUGUGCUAAAGGAUCCCAAUGGCACUUAUCAGCCGGGCAAAAGAGGUUGGCUGAAAGUCAAAAAGGAUUAUCUUUUUGGUGGGCGCAUGGCUGACACUGCAGAUUUGGUAGUGCUGGGUGCCUCUUACGGUUCAGGCAAAAAGGGAGGAGUGCUUAGCAUAUUUCUAAUGGGCUGCUAUGAUCACAGAGAUCAUUUGUGGAAAACUGUUACCAAGGUUCACACUGGUCUGGACGAUAAUACUCGUUUGGAAAUGCACGAUCAUCUAAUGAAACUCAUGGAGCGUUCGGAUGCUAGACAUCUUCCCAGUUGGUUUUUGUGCAAUAAACCUUUAGUACCAGAUUUUAUAGCAAAAGAUCCUAAGGUCAUGCCGGUUUGGGAGAUUACCGGUGCUGAAUACACCAAAUCUGGCGAACAUACAGCAUCGGGUAUUUCCAUACGUUUUCCUCGCAUAACGCGUUUGCGAGAGGAUAAAUCUGCAGAGCAAGCUAAUGAUUUGGAGCAUUUGGAAAAUAUGUAUGAGGCUUCCAAAAAUAAUGUUAAUGUGGAUCUAUUGAUCAAAGGCUGUGAUGAUGAGGAUGAAGAUAAGUUAACCAUAAGCAGUAAAAUAAAUCUACAAGGUUUGGGUACACCCAAAAAGGGUAUUAAAAAGGAAUUGGACGAAGAUGAAAGUCCUGGGACCAGCAUCAAAAAAGAAAAGAAAGUCUUGACGCCAACCAGUAGCAGCAAGAAAAGAAAAUCCUCCGAAGCAGCAGCAGAAGAUGAUCUAGAUUUUGUAGAUAUUAAAAAAAUCAAAAUAGAAAAGGUAGAGAAAGAAGAGAAACCUUACAGUAGCAAUGCAACGAAAAAACGCACACUCCUAGAUUUUGCUAUAAAGAAGGAAAUAAAGAAAGAACCUGAAGAUGAACCCAUGCCUUCCACCUCGACGAAUAGCAAAGCUGCUCUGGAAAAUGCCAGAAAGAAAAGUGAAUUAUUCAAGGAUUUGAAAGUAUAUUUUGAAAAAGUUUCGAAUUUUUCAGAACUAAAAAAUUUGAUGGAAGCUAAUGGUGGCACUCUUACCACAAAUACCAAGUCGGCUAAUUUGGUUGUACACGAAACAUGUGAUGUUGAUAUAAAUUUAAGUGAUUGUCGUUCGAAAUAUCGUGCAUCUUGUCAUCAUUUAAGCAAACAAUGGAUUUUGGAUUGUUUGAAAGAGAAAAAAUUAUUAGAUUAUGGUUUACAUGCAGUAGUACUUAAGGCGAAAUAAAAAAAAGUUAUUAUGCGAAGACGUAUA